GUCGUUUGCAAAUUUGAGCUAACGACAACUACGGACGUCGGAGACUCCGACAGUAUGGUAUCAGCAUCCACCGUCGGCGUGACGACAGAUGUGUGCGCGUUGUCAGACCAGGUGAAGAAGUAUCGUGCUCGAGUCGUGCAGAAUGCCCAAGCGGCGGAUAGUGACGCCAAAAACGCUGGCUCAACUGCAAUCCCGUCUCUGCUGCUAAUGUGUCUGAAGAUCAUUUCCGACCGCUUUCGUCUCCAACCAAAAGUGCAAAAUGUGCCACGCCAGUUCCUUCCUGAGGUAAUGGCUCGGCUACCAUUAGACCUCGACGUGUGUGUGACGGCCCCUAAUGUGACUGAUGAGAACUACUGGAAGCGCUGCUGCCUUAGCAAAACGCAGUGGAAAAACAUCCAAAUCGCCGACCACGGACUUACAUGGAAGCAGCUUUUCCUAGAGAAGCACCUACAGGAUCUUCUUGAGGACUUUGAUCCGUCUGUAGAUGAUCAUGACCACCUAAUGGCAGUGGUCAAGGCCUCCAGCGAGUUCAUCUUUACACUUGAGAUCGACCAACUGUUGUCCCACUUGGACUUGAACGAGAUAUGCGCCCAAUUACGCAACUUAACAAGACUUCGAGUGACUUACGGCGUCAAACAGAUCGGAAUGAAGUAUGAACGCAUGCUGUUUGGGAUGAAGAUCUCCGACGCAACAAAUCUCUCACAUAUCAUCAAGAUGUCGUGCUCAUUGACGACGGUGUGGCUGCCCAGCAAUCUUCUGGAUGAUGAUUUGCUGCGGAUGCUUAUGACUGGGCUAGUAAAGAACACCAGCAUCACCUCGCUGGAUUUAUCACAUAACAAGCUUACCAACCACGGUGCGAGAUUACUAUCCAAACUUCUGGGCCCCGAAAGCGUGCUCACUACACUGAAACUAUGUGAUAACCAGAUACACGCUGAAGGUGGGCGGUAUCUCAGUCGCGGUCUCAAAUAUAACACCAGUCUGAUGGAGCUAGAUCUCCGACUAAAUCGCCUCACCGACGAUGGGGGGCGCGUGUUGCUGGAAGGCCUGGUGGAUCAUACGUCGCUGACCAGUCUGAACUUGAGCAGCAACAUGUUGGGCACGGAAAGUGCUGAGGCGUUGGCUGAAAUCCUCAGUGAUUCACCGACGGCACUCCGCUCUGUAGAUCUGAGCAGUAACGCGAUGAGUGAAAGCGAUGGAGACGUGUUGCUGCAGGGUUUGCAGCAGAAUAACACGGUCAUAGCGCUAGAUCUGCGCCAAAACACGCAGAUCCCGGCUGAUGCUGAUUGCCUCGCUAAAAUCGCCCAGAAAACCAGACAGAAUGAGGUGAAUAUCAAGAACCCUUCCUCCACAGCAGACGGUGGUAGCACGUAAGCAUUGCUAUGGGAUUCCACGGAUGAAAUACUGUGACGAGUUCAAGUCAAUUAUCCACUUUCUUGACGUGAUACCAACAGUGCAUGCGUUAAUGAAAUGAACACGACGCUAU